CCGACGCCCCGUCACUCGUCAAACCCAAUUUAGAUCGGUAACGGACUCACCCAAGUGAGACGCCCGGUUUACGUUGGUUAGGCGCGAAACCCGUAACUAGGGUACUGACUCGCCCCGGGUUAGUCUUAACUAAGUCUUGGUCAUAAGGAUGAGAGACUUAGGGCACUGAGGUGGGAUUAAUAAAUAAAAUCAGAUCAUCCAACCAGAGUUGUAAAUUGUUACAAUUGGAAUUUAUUCCUACCAGAAAUAAUUUAACUGUAAGGCAAGAUGCAAAGCACAACUAUAGUUAAAUGAAAUAUGGAUCUGGCCCAAUUAAGAAUUUUAUUUAAAAGAAUCCACCGAACCAAGAGUUGUAAUAACGAUUGCAAUUGGAAUGAAUUCCUACCUAAAUAAUUUAACUGUAGGGCAAGAUGCAAAGCACAACUAUAGUUAAAUAAAAUAUGGAUCUUGGUCCGCUAGGAUAGCAAACAACAACACAAACAACCUCGCCCUGCGUUCCAUUCUGGAUAAAGAUAAAUUGAACGGAACAAACUUUGUUGACUAGCAACGCAAUCUCUGCAUUGUUCUCCGCAUGGAUGAGAAAGAGUAUGUGCUCGAAAAGCCCAUUCCUCCUGCCCCUCCCGCUAACGCCCCGAAAGCGGUCAAAGAUGCCUACGAGAAGCACGUUAAGGAUGACAACCAGGUUAGCUGUGUCAUGCUGGCUACCAUGAUACCCGAGCUGCAAAAACAGCACGAGGACAUGAAGGCCCACGAGAUGAUCGUGGCCUUGCGGCAGCUAUACCAGGGGCAAUCCAGGCAUGAACGUUUUCUCGUGAGUAAGGCUCUCUUUAGUUGCAAGCUCUCUUCAGGGAACCCGGUCG